AUGUCCCACCUGUCGUACGCCUUUCAGCAUCAAUUUAUCCCUCAAAAGCUACACACCUUCCUUCAUCCAGAAGUCCGCAAAGUAUAUCUGGAUACGUCUACGUCCGAUCAACUGCGGCACAGAGUCAAAGAGCUCGAGGCGCGCGUGCAGUCACUUUCGAGAGACAAGGAGCAGCUCAUGCAGCGCUGCGAGGCCUACAUGGCCUCCUCGGCCGAGCACGCCGAGGGGGAGAAGCGCGCACGGAAGGAGGCCCGCGAUGCGAAGAAGAAGCUAGCCAAGUAUCGCAAAAGCACGGCACAGGCUGAGACAGCGAACGCGUCUGUUGCAGCAGGGCCAGCAAGCACAUCUGCUGCAUCUGAGAAAACUGAGAAAUUAUCCGAGAGCGACCCAUCGUUUCUUUUUGAUAGCGAUGGUGAAGACGAGGGGUUAUUCGGACCGCCGCCUAGGAAGAGGCUGCGCAAUCAAAGUCAAAAUCAACAGCGACCACGCUCCGACUCGUAA